AUGACCCUGGGCAAUGAUGAUGGCCUAGGUGCCACCCUAGCGCUUCCAGAGCAUUCAAAGCGUGACGAUGCCGAACACAAAGAGGAUGUGCACCAAGCUGGGCUCCUCGCGCAUGAUAUAGCAGACUUGACUCCUGGCUAUUUCUGGAAUCCACGCUACUUGGGAACCAUCUUCGCCCUGUCACUGACUACAGCAUCGGCAUACUUUGGAUUUUCCGCCCCUGCAUCGGUUCUCAGCUACAUCAAUGAAGACAUCGGCCCAACUGAUUCCGAAAGUUUGUUUUCCAUUGUGUGGACAAUGUGUAACGCCAUCAGUCUAUUGGUGGUUGGUCGUGUCUCGGACAGAUUUGGAAAGCGCUCUAUCAUGCUUGGAGCAGGAGCAGUAGCAAUGGUUGGGGCUAUUAUGGCCAGUAGAGCCAAGAACAUGAACACGUUGAUCGGAGCAAAUGUCCUGCUCGGUCUGGCAUCCGGCGUGCACUCUGCUGUCGGCCUGUUCGCAGGAGAAAUCUCACCACACCGAUACAAAUUCAUGAUUCAGACAGCAAUUCUGAUACCUAUGGUCAUAUCGCCCGGCUUGGGUGCCUAUAUUGGCAGAGCAUGUGUUGAGACGCACAGUUGGAGAUGGAUAUACUACAUUUUGAUCGUGAUACUUGGCGUGGGCUGGGUCAUCCAAAUGUUUGUAUAUUUCCCCCCAACGUUUGAACAGCUACAUGGAAAGCAGCGCUCUGUACUUCGAGAAUUUCAACGGAUUGACCAAGUGGGCUUGCUGCUGCUCGUCGCUGGACUUACGCUGUUUUUGCUGGGAAUCUCAUGGGGAGGUAACCCAAAGCCAUGGCAUUCUGGUCUCAUUUUGGGUCUGCUGAUCUCUGGAGGUGUCACACUCGUGGCCUUUGUCCUCUGGGAGGCAUUCUACCCAACUCCAAACCCCAUUGUGGAUCUGCGGCUGUUCAAGCAUCGAGGUUUCGUUUGCCUGACGGUAAUAUCUGCCUGUUCCGGAUCGAUGUACGUUGGACUCAGUAUUAUCUGGCCUCAAUACGUCUUCAGGGUAUUUAGCACUGCCAGCACCUCCUGGCAAACUGAAGCCUGGAUGAGCUCUACAGUCGGCUGGGGAAUCUGGGGAGGUUUGAUGAUCAUGUGUCCGCUGGUCAACGUGAUUGGCGAUCUUCGACUUCAGAUCCUCGGCUGCGUGGUAUUCAGCACCGUCUUCCUUAUCGCAUUGUCACAGGUUGGCAUCGUCGACCAGUCUAAGGCUAUUGCCUUUUCAUUUCUUACUGGCCUGCCCGUCGGCUUCAUCGAGCUGGGACCAUGCGUCAUCUGUCAGCUUGGCGCCCCUGAUCAGGAGAUUGGCAUGAUUUUUGGUACCAUCUCGUGUAUCCGGUCGGUAGCUGGCUCCAUCUUUACUGCGAUCUAUCUUGCCGUCCUCAACUCCAAGGCCAAGUCCAAAAUCGCCAGCAUAGUCUCUCAGGCGGCAAUCGAGGCCGGGUUACCGCAAUCUUCGCUCAUGGAUCUCUUUGAGGCUUUAAAAAUUGGCUCUGAAGCGGCAUUUGCUAAAGUUCCUGGGAUUACUGCACAGAUUGAAGCAGCGGUUAUCCAGGCGCAGCGGGUCGCCUACUCUGAAGCUUUCCGCUAUGUCUACUAUUCGGCCAUGCCAUUACUUGGCUGUGCUAUCAUUGCAUCGAUAUUUCUCCCAGACUACAACCGCUACAUGGACGGCCAUAUGCCCAAGCCUAUCAACAUGCCUAAUGCAAAAGUUGUAUCCGGAUCAGAGAACGAGUCGCCAGGUCACCUUGACGAUACAAAGUCCACCGAUCAUGUCGAAGUCGAAAAGGGCUCACAGCACCGGAGCGGUUGA